UGUGUUAUUUUGGAUUUGACCAGAGAAAAUGAGGUGCAGUGUUGUGUUGCUGUUUGCUGUGCUCUCCCUGAGAACCGGAGCUGCCGUUCCACUGAGUGAAACUGACCAUGAUCAGAUUCAGGAAAACUUUGAUUUCAAUCAGUUUCUUGGGACAUGGUUUGCACUUGCAACUGGCUGCAAUUGUUCCUGGUUCAAUAAAUACAAGGAUACAAUGACAAUUACCAAGGUAACAUUAUCAACGUCUGAGGAAUCGAAUAAAUUGAUCGGCAACUUUGAAUUUGAUAGGAAUGGAACCUGUGAUCACCUAGUGGGAGAUUACGAGAUACAAGACAUUCCAGGACACUUUGUAUUCAAUUCCACUUCAGCUUAUGCAAGCAGAACAGAUAUUCAAGUCAUCAAAAUGAACUACCAGGAAUAUGCAUUUUUGCUGUUGAACACAAUGAAAGCAGCAACCAGCUCAGAGUCAGUGGCCCUGUACGGAAGGACACGGAAACUAAGGAAGGAGAUCAAGGACGAGUUCAAAGACUUUGCAUUGAGACAUGGAAUCCCAGGGGAGAUGGUCUUAUUUCUGCCAGAAAAAGGAGCAUGUCUUCCAUGGGACCCCAUCCCAGAGUCACCAGUCAAGAAGCAUCGCAAAUGGCAAACAUUCAGAGAACAACGGUCUGUCCUCACAGACUUCGUGAGCAAAAUUGAUACUGCAGAAUCCUGUCAAAUGGAACCUGAUUCUGGGCCCUGCUUUGGCAGGUUUCGAAGAUUCUACUAUAACCAAAACUUAAUGGCCUGUCAGAUCUUUGUUUAUGGAGGCUGUGCUGGAAACAGAAACAACUUUGAAACAGAGCAGUCAUGUUUGCAGAGCUGCAGGACUGUAGAUGAAUAACCCCCAAGCUGAAGCAGAAACGAUGAACUUCUGGUUGUUCCCAACAAAGUGUAGCUGGAAAUAAAGGAAGAAAACAGUGAGAACAAUGAUGGAAAUGGUCAUUAAAGUGAUGAUUUCAAGUGAUUCAUCAGGCAUUUUGAACAGCCUGAUAAAAAAGGGUAGAAGAGCAGAGUUUACACAGACUCAAGCUCAGUAUUGUGACCAUGCUUUCAAUCUAAUUGAUGAAUAAAACUCUGUAAUUGAAAACA